AUGAUGAAAUUCUUAACCGCACUUGCUUUAUUUGCUUCCGUGUUAUUCUACUUCUUCGGUCAAGCCACCGCAGCUAAAGACUUGCCAGAAAACCCACCAAUCACCAACAAGGUUUUUUUCGACAUUGAAGAGGAUGGUAAAUCAAUCGGACGUAUAACCAUUGGGUUAUUUGGAACUGUUGUGCCCAGGACUGUGGAAAACUUCAAGACGAUUGCCAUUUCCACCGACCCAGCCCAACAAUACACUGGAUCAAUUUUCCAUCGUGUGAUUAAAAACUUUAUGAUUCAAGGUGGUGAUUAUGAGACAGGACAGGGUUAUGGAGGCAAAUCGAUCUAUGGAAACAAGUUUGAAGAUGAGAAUUUCCAAUUGAAGCAUGAUCGCAAGUAUAGGUUGAGUAUGGCUAAUGCAGGUAAGAACACCAAUGGAUCGCAAUUUUUCAUCACUACCGCGUUGACUAAUUGGUUGGAUGGCAAGCAUGUUGUGUUUGGUGAAGUUAUUGAUGGAAAGGAUGUUGUUGAUUAUAUUGAAAGUGUCAAGACUGGUCGUGGUGAUCGUCCAGUUAAGGAAAUCAAGAUUGCGAAAGCUGGAGAACUUCAAGAUGGAGAGACUGAAAAGGGAGAACCUGUACAAAAAGAUGAGCUUUAG